CCUUGGCAAUGGUAAAGGGGUUUGGUAGCGUUGCUGAGCGGCGAGAUCUGAGCGCAGCGCGGAUGGAGGAAACAGUUUAGCAGCAGAACGCGAGCCGAGGACUACAGACGCGCUUCAGCGGAACACGAGCUCGGCGUGCUUCAGUACGUCCUUGAUUUAAUGGGUCCCAUCAUCGGGAUGUCGCCGGAUAAGAAAGCUGAAUCCCCGGGUGUGGUGGAGGAGCGAGCGGGUCUGCGUGGGGUUUGUGGGACGCUGCCCGAGGACGAGUGCGCCGCCAGCCCCCUGGCCACCAGCCUGGACCACAGCUCCAGCUCCGGAGACGAAGAGCUCACCAACCUCAACUGGCUCCACGAGAACCUGCUCCAGAACUUCACGCUGGGCGUCCCCGAGGCCCAGUCCAGCCCAAGCCCGCUCUUCGACAUCGAGGGCAUCCACGGUGCCUCCGUCAUCUCCUCGGCCGCGGCGCACACCGGUGAGUCCGUCAAGUCCAAGCCGCCCUUCUCCUUCUCCCUGCUCAUAUACAUGGCCAUCGAACAGUCGCCCAGCAAGUCUCUGCCGGUGAAGGACAUCUAUGGAUGGAUCCUGGAGCACUUCCCGUAUUUCUCUAGCGCCCCCACUGGCUGGAAGAACUCGGUGCGCCACAACCUGUCCCUCAACAAGUGCUUCCGAAAAGUGGAGAGGGGCCUUGGGAAGGUUAAUGGGAAGGGCUCUCUGUGGUGUGUGGACCCUGAAUACAGACCCAAUCUGAUCCAAGCCCUGAAGAAACAGCACUUUCCCUCAACCCACUCCUUCUGCACACCCCCUGCUUCCCCACCCAGUGCCUUCUCACCUGCACGUCACCUCUACCUCCGGGGCUGCUCUCUCAAAGAGUCUGACAUUGAUGCCGCCACUGCUAUGAUGCUCUUAAACUCGGCCCCUGGACACCAUAGUGACCCAUGUGACCCGGACAGCCCCUUAGACCUCUCGCGCCCGGAUUCGGUCCUGGUGAGCAGUGACCCAAAGCAGGACCACAACUACAGCAGCUCGUCCUUCCAGCGCUGCUCGUCUCGCUCUUCCUCAUCCUCGCUGUCCUCCCUGGACUGUGACUCGGGCCAGAGCCGGCGCGCCGGCAGCGAGGGCUUCCACAGCGACGAGGAUUCGGAGGAAGAGAGGAACCUGCGUUUGCCUUCGCUCGCCGUCAAGUGCCCUCUCCCGGUUAAACGAGCCCGUCACGAACCCAAACCGGAGCUGGACGAGGAGUUGAAGGAGGCGGCCGGGUCUCUGUUGCAUCUAGCUGGGAUUCGAUCCGGCUUGGAUCUCUCGAAGCGAACGGCCAAGAGUAAAAAGCCGGAAAAGCAGCGAAAAGGAUUGGUUUAGGUGACAUUUAUCAAGUGACUAUUUUUCACAUCAUUGAAACCUUCUCUCUUGUUUUCUUGUGUUUUUAUACGAGAGAAUUCCCUCCCUGACUCAAACUACGGCAAUAGCAACCCUCACGCUGAGGUGAACGAAGCCAUACUGAGACUUACGGAGAAACGCAGGUUGUGCUUCAGGAUAGGGAGAAAUUGGUGUUUUUUCUCUUAAACGUUUGCAUGCUUCCUCUUUAAGUGAGUGUCCUACUUUUCCAAGUGUGCUAUUUAUACAGAGAACGAGUGCAUGUCUGUGAUGUUUGAAGCACUAACCUCUCGUCCAUUUUAUAGACGCGGAUUACGUCAAGAUUCCCUGCGCUUUUUUUUUAGUACAGAAUAAAUAAUGCAAUAAUUGUCAUCAGGCA